GAAGCCGACUCUACGAGGCUCUAGACGCGCCUCUCUUCCUCUCCCUCAUCUCUCUGGUUAGACUGGGAAAAGGGUCCGCCUCCUGGCCCAUAAGGCCCUGGCUCAGAAGUCUCAUUUUCUCUUCCUGUUUCCCGUCAUGGCGCAGGAUCAAGGGGAGAAGGAGAACCCCAUGCGGGAACUUCGCAUCCGCAAGCUCUGCCUCAACAUCUGCGUGGGGGAGAGUGGAGACAGGCUGACCCGGGCAGCCAAGGUGCUGGAGCAGCUCACAGGCCAGACCCCUGUGUUCUCCAAAGCUAGAUACACCGUCAGAUCCUUUGGCAUCAGAAGAAAUGAAAAAAUUGCUGUCCAUUGCACAGUCCGUGGGGCCAAGGCAGAAGAAAUCCUGGAGAAAGGUCUGAAGGUGCGAGAGUAUGAGUUAAGAAAAAAUAACUUCUCAGAUACUGGAAACUUUGGCUUUGGGAUCCAAGAACACAUCGAUCUGGGGAUCAAAUAUGACCCAAGCAUUGGUAUCUACGGCCUGGACUUCUAUGUGGUGCUGGGUAGGCCAGGUUUCAGCAUCGCAGACAAGAAGCGCAGGACAGGCUGCAUUGGGGCCAAACACAGAAUCAGCAAAGAGGAGGCCAUGCGCUGGUUCCAGCAGAAGUAUGAUGGGAUCAUCCUUCCUGGCAAAUAAAUUCCCGUUUCUAUCCAAAAGGCUAAUAAAAAGUUUUCAGUGAAAUGUA